CAGAUGUUCACAGUACUUGUCAUCGGGAGAUUUUCACUGUACACGGUAGGGAUGUGUUAUGGGGCGCCGAUGAGCAGCAGCAGGGUAUAAAUCGUUAUGAAAUUUCUGUUGAGUUGCCCAAGACUAGACAAGCAAUCCGAAACAUCCGCACACAGACAGCAUAGAGAGUUGUUCGUACCUUUUCCCCUCUGAUUUCCCUUGUUUUCUUGUGGCAACUGGCAACUGGCAACUGGCAACGUGAGAUCUGAGCUACUUCACUUCUCUCGUCCGUUUUCCUUGUUCGUUACAACAGCAGCGAACAGAGAGAGUUUUUGUCUGCAAUGGCGAGUGGUGGCUACGGGGACACGAGUCAGAAGAUCGAUUAUGUGUUCAAGGUCGUCCUCAUCGGCGACUCGGCUGUUGGGAAAUCUCAGAUUCUUUCCCGCUUUGCUCGAAAUGAGUUCAGCUUGGAUUCCAAGGCCACCAUCGGUGUCGAGUUUCAGACUAGAACCCUGGUAAUCCAGCACAAGAGUGUCAAAGCUCAGAUUUGGGACACAGCAGGACAAGAAAGAUACCGAGCUGUAACAAGUGCAUAUUACAGAGGUGCUGUUGGGGCAAUGUUGGCUUAUGACAUAACUAAACGCCAAAGCUUUGAUCAUAUACCUCGCUGGUUAGAAGAGCUGCGCGGUCAUGCUGACAAGAAUAUUGUGAUCAUACUGAUCGGAAACAAGUGUGAUCUUGAGAAUCAGCGGGCUGUCUCCACAGAGGAUGCAAGAGAGUUUGCCGAGAAGGAAGGUCUGUUCUUUUUGGAGACAUCAGCAUUGGAAGCAACAAAUGUUGAAACUGCCUUCUUGACUAUUUUGACUGAGAUUUUUAACAUUGUGAACAAGAAGAACCUGGUUGCAGGUGAGGAUCAAGGUAAUGGCAAUCCCGGAUCUCUUUCUGGGAAGAAAAUCAUYAUUCCUGGUCCGGCACAAGAGAUUCCACCUAAGAGCAAGAUGUGCUGUAAAUCUUCUUGAUCGAGGUUUGUGUUUAUUCAAUAUUUGGUUCUAUUUUUCUGCUAGUAUCUCUCUGGCUGUCUUUGUAUUUUCCUUGUAAAUUUUGAUUGCUGUAGUUGUAUAUUUGGAGGUACCGAUUGAUUAUAUAUUUUAAAGGAUGGGAGUUGGAAUUUGGAAAGUUGCAUUUAAACAUGAUUGAGGCUGGUUUAUAGACUGCUUUUACUGGUCCGGAUCUCCAUGUAAAGGGGGAUAUGAAAGAGAGGCAUUGUCAAACAACCCCCAAGGGUCUCCCAUAAUUUGUUCAAUAUAGAGACCCACCAUUGAAUAGGUCCCCUAGGGGAUAUUUAUUGGGCUUUAUCAGGUAAUUAUCAUUUUAUCUACUUGAAA